AGAAAUCGGCACGUUAGGCCGUGUGGUACAUUUGCAUGCAUUACCUCCUUCUUUUAAUCUUAUUUUUUCAGUUUGUCACGGUUUUUGCCCGUUCUUCUACCUUCAUGUCAGGUGUCAUCACAGCUUUCUGAAACUUGCGCAUCUUUUCGGAUUUGUUUCCAGUCUCGUGAAAUAAACAAGGGGGGAAAAUUGGAAAAGCUACACAUUGAUAAAACUUUUUAAAAAGAGGACCUGGCAUUUGCAUUGGAAAUAAACAAGGAAUCGGUGACAUUAGCGAAACUAAGAAGAUAUUUAUGUGGAAUUGACAUUCCUGCUUUUUCUAAGCAGGAAGAUGUCUGUUUCCAUAUCCAGACGACUCCAGAGGUCUUUGUUUGUGGCGGGAUGUUUUAUGUUCUGCUUUUGUUUCUUGUUUUUGGAUAGAUAUUCCAGGCUUGUAAGAGAUGAAAUUGACAUGAAUGGCGUUGUUGAAAUGGAUAGCUUCAGAGGAUCAGAUAUCAACGAAGUAAUAGCCAACGAACUGUCCAGUAAAGUUCGAAUACUGUGCUGGAUAAUGACAACUCCUGAAAACUUGGAAAAGAAGGCGGCGGCAGUGAAAAACACAUGGGCGAAACGAUGCAACAAAGCCCUGUUCUUCAGCAGCGAAACGAACGCUUCUUUCCCAACUAUAGGACUGAAUACCACCGAGGGAAGGCAGCAUUUGACUGCCAAGACUGUGCAAGCUUUCCGGUAUUGUUACGAACAUUAUGGAGACCAGUUUGACUGGUUUCUCAAAGCAGACGAUGACACGUACAUCAUAGUGGAGAACUUACGGUAUUUCCUCUCUCAUCAUGAUCCGAAUUCUUUGGAAUAUUUCGGACACAAGUUUAAGGUGAUUGUGAAACAGGGAUAUUUCAGUGGAGGAGCCGGAUAUAUACUGAGUAGAAAGAGUCUGGAAGUGUUUGUGACUAAAGGCCUUUCGGGUGUCGUGAAGUGUAGACAAGAUGGCGGGGCUGAGGAUGCCGAGAUUGGUAUAUGCAUGGAGAACCUCGGUAUUAAGGCGGGAGAUUCUCAAGACAUUUAUGGCAAAGAGACAUUCCAUCCUUUCAAUCCCACUGCACACCUAAGAGGAUUUUAUCCUCCUUGGUUUUACAAUAAUGCAGCAAACUACCCACAGAAGGGUCUUGGAUGCUGCAGCGAUUACAGUAUAUCGUUCCAUUACAUGACGCCAAAUGACAUGUACGCCAUGGAGUAUCUCGUUUACCAUCUUCGUCCGUACGGACUUGUACAGGAUGUGCGUAAAACACGGACGUUCAGAAUGGAAAACAUGGCUAGCUAGUGUUCAGCGUAUACCCAGGCCUUCCUAGAUCUGCUGUCAGCCAUCGUUUCGAUGUGAAAGAAUCAGUUGUCACGACAACAUAAUCAUGCUGUAAUUUAAAAAUAUACUUGGUGGCAGUUGUAAUUACGUAAAAUAACAUUCAAUGUCAUCAUUUAGAAUUACAACAAGACACGAGUUUGAUCUUCU